AUGGGUCAUCCAAUAGAUUUUAAGAAUGACGAUACACAGACUGAUCUCAGGUCAAUCCUGCCACAAAGAUCAGCCGUAACAAACCCUGUCUGUGAGAAGAAUGACCAGUCUAUGAAUCAACUACAGGACUUUAAUGAAAGCAGCCAUGAAGUCCUCAAGUUUAGAUCAAAUCUGAUGAAGAAGUUUGAGCAUCUGUAUGAAGGAACAGCAAAGCAGGGAAACCCAACUCUCCUGAAUGAGAUCUACACAGAGCUCUACAUCAGAGGGUGACAGUGGAGAGAUCAGUAAUGAGCAUGAGGUGAGACAGAUUGAGACACAAUCCAGGAGAGCAGCAACAGAGGACACACCGAUCAAAUGCAAUGACAUCUUCAGGCCUUUACCUGGACAAAACAAACCCAUCAGAACUGUGCUGACAAAGGGAGUCGCUGGCAUUGGAAAAACAGUCUCUGUGCAGAAGUUCAUCCUAGACUGGGCUGAAGGGAAAGUGAAUCAGGACGUCCAGCUCAUAUUUCCACUUCCUUUCAGAGAACUCAAUUUGAUGAAGGACAAAACACUCAGUCUUUCAGAUCUUCUUCAUGUCUUUUUCCCUGAAACAAAAAAAAUGGAAAUAUCCAGUGACAAAUAUAAAGUGUUGUUUAUCUUUGAUGGUCUGGAUGAGUGUCGUCUGUCUCUGGAUUUUCAGAGUGAUGUGAGGUUGUGUGAAGUAAGUGAAUCAGACUCAGUGGACGUGCUGCUGAUGAACCUCAUUGCGGGGAAUCUGCUUCCCUCUGCUCUCAUCUGGAUCACCUCCAGACCAGCAGCAGCUGAACUCAUCCCCUCUAAGUGUGUCCAUCGAGUGACAGAGGUACGAGGCUUCAAUGAGCCACAGAAGGAGGAAUACUUCAGGAAGAGAAUCAGUGAUCAGAGUCUGGCCAAUAAAAUCAUCUCACACCUGAAGUCAUCAAGGAGCCUCUACAUCAUGUGCCACAUCCCAGUGUUCUGCUGGAUCUCAGCCACUGUUCUAGAGAAGAUGUUGAGUGAAGCAGAGAGUGGAGAGAUUCCCAAGACUCUCACUCAAAUGUACACACACUUCCUGAUCCUUCAGACCGACAUCAAACAUGAGAAGGACUAUAGGAAGAACCUGACAGAUGAAGACAUGAUCUCAAACUGGGGAAAGUGUCUUUUCAGCAGCUUGUGAAAGGCAAUGUGAUCUUCUAUGAGGAAGACCUGAGAGAGUGUGGCAUUGAUGUGACAGAAGCAUCAGUGUACUCUGGAUUGUGCACUCAGAUCUUCAGAGAGGAGUCAGGCUUGUAUCAGGGGAAAGUCUUCUG